AUGGAAGCAAUGACUUUUGGAGGUGACAACCCUUAACCACGGUUUGGACACACAAUUUGUAUGAUAGCUCCUAACAAAAUUGCACUUUUCGGAGGUAGAAUAUUGUAUAGAGAAAGGUGCUGUUGGGGAUACUGGAAAAUAUAUUAUAACAGGAGAUGUUUAUAUAGGGGAUGUUAUUUAGAGAAAAUGGAAGAGAAUAGAAGCAAGUGGAAGUGUUCCAACAAAUAGAGCAGCGCAUUAGGCAUUGGCCAUUGAAUUGAAUUAAAUGAUCAUAUUCGGAGGAGCAGUGGGAGGUGGUGGUUUAGCAGAUGAUAAUUUAUUUGUUUUUGAAUUGCGUGAUGACACUGGUACCUGGGUUACUGUACCUGUCAUUGGAACUACUCCAGGUAGAAGGUAUGGUCACACUAUGGUUCUCAUAAAGCCAUAUCUAAUUGUUUUCGGAGGAAAUACAGGAUAAGAGCCUGUUAAUGAUGCUUGGAGUUUCAACUUAGAAAAAUCGCCUUAUUCAUGGUCCAAACUGGAAUGCUCAUCCGAAUAACCAUGUGUCAGAGUCUAUCAUUCAGCCGCCCACUGUAAUACGGGAUCGGCAAAUGGAAUGAUGGUAACAUUCGGAGGCAGAACAAGUGAUUAGAGUGCUUUGAAUGAUGCUUGGGGUCUGAGAAGACACAGAGAUGGAAGAUGGGAUUGGGUCAGAGCCCCUUAUAAAAACUAAAAUGAAAUACCUGCCCAAAGAUAUUAGCAUUCAACACUAUUUUUAGGAACUCUGAUGUUGGUAAUCGGAGGGAGAUCAAAUCAAGUGGGAGACACUCUUCCAUUUGAAAUAUAUGAUACUGAAACAUCUGAGUGGUAUAAAUUCCAAUCAAUCCAGAGAUUCAGACAUUCAUCAUGGUUGGUUGAUUAAUUUUUAUAUCUCCAUGGUGGUUUUGAUUCAGAUCAACCAAACAUUCCCACUGAAGGCAUCUUGAGAUUGGAUCUUAAUAAGAGAUUUGCAUAAACUCCACAAUUGUUAAGGUAAUUGAAUACUAUAAGAAAUGAUAAUACUUUCAUGGAAUCCUUUAAUCCUAGAGCCCCUCCAAAUUCAAGCAAUAAUAAUACCCAAGAUUAAUUUAGAAGAACAAAUCAAUAAGCUCAACAGCGAAGUUUAAUUUAUAUUAUUAUUUUAGAUUAAUAAACAUAACAAUAGGUUAGGGUUUCAUCUGCGAAUAACAAGAACAUUAGAUUAGCAAAUUAAGCUUUGGUCGCUAUGGUUUAUGGUCCUGAAGAAGAUAUUACGAAUUAAGUUAAGAAGGUUCCUAUUGAUAAAUUGUAAGAUGAACACAGAAAAUUGGGGGCAGGUUUCUAAGAUCCAAAUUCCUAGAAUAAAUCUUAAUUCGUUGAAUAAAUGCUCGCUCCAUUUAUUUAAAAUUUAUUAUUGCCCAAAGAUUACCAAUCCAUUCCUCCAAAUUCAAAUCUUAUGACAGGCAUUAGGAAGGACUCAAUUAUCAAAUUGUGUGAUGAAGUUUAGAGAAUUCUUGAGAAAGAACCUAUUGUCUUGAAAUUAAGAAGACCAAUCAAAAUAUAUGGAAAUUUAAAUGGAUAAUAUUUAGAUCUCAUGAGAUUCUUUGAUCAUUUCAAGGCUCCAUAUGAUAAUCUCUAUAAUGGAGACAUCGAUUCUUAAGAUUAUUUAUUUUUGGGAGACUAUGUUGACAGAGGCACAAGAUCUCUUGAGAUAAUUCUACUCUUAUUCACACUCAAAGUAAAAUAUGGAGAUUAGAUUCACUUAUUAAGAGGACAUCAUGAGGAUCCUAAAAUUAAUAAGAUCUUUGGAUUUGCUGAUGAAUGCUAUUUAAAGUAUGCAGAAGAUAUCAAUGACCCCAAUAGUAUCUAUCAAAGAAUCAACAGAGUAUUUCAAUACUUGCCUUUGGCUGCAGUCAUUGAAGAUAAGAUAUUUUGUGUUCAUGGUGGAAUUGGAUAAACUAUACGCACCAUUGAUGAAAUUGAACUCAUUCAAAAACCUCUCCAAAUUAUUCACGAUCCUGUCACUGUAAAGUAUUUGCAAUAUUAAUUUAGUAUCAGUAAAAGAUUGCUUUAGAAUUGUUAUGGUCUGAUCCCUGUUUAAACGAAGAUGAAUUGGAAAACCAACCAAAUGUUGAACGAGAUCUAUUUUAAAAUAAAUCUAUAAUUAGAUUCGGGAACAACAGAAUCAACAAUUUCCUUUAAGAAAACAAUUUAAACAUGAUAAUAAGAUCUCACGAACCUACAAAUGAAGGAUUUGAAAGAUUAAACACUAAUGUGAUCACUAUAUUUUCUUGUAGUGAUUAUGGCAAUUGUGGCAACAAAGGAGGUAUUUGAAUUGAUAAUAACAAUAAUCUAGCCAUUCUCUCUAUUACAAAGCGAGGAGAUAUAAUACCGAAAGUAAUUCCAACUGCAAAUCUUAUAAAUGAGGCAAGAUGGUUGAAUUUAGAGGAAGCUGCUUAAAGAGCUUCAGGUUUUGUCAAAUACGUCGAUAUCAAUAAUGAUGAAUUACAAUAUAGAAGAAGACCGUUUACUCCAUCAAGAUAGAAAAAAAUUGGAUCACAAAAAUAAUUCAAAUGA